AUGGCCUCACAGCUGCAGGUGUUCUCCUCUCCGUCAGUAUCCUCGAGUGCCUUCUGCAGUGCCAAGAAACUGAAAGUGGAGCUCUCUGUCUGGGAUGUUUCAGGACAGAGCAGCAGUGACACAUAUUAUACCCACAGCAAAAACCUCCCAGCAGCUCAAGGACAAGCAAGCUCCUCUCAUCAGGUAGCCAACUUCAGCAUCCCUGCUUACGAUCAGAACCUCCUGCUCCCUGCUCCUUCAGUUGAACACGUUGCAGUUACAGCAGCUGACAGCACAGGCAGCAGUGCAACAGCGUCCUUCCAGAACAGCCAAACCCUAACACGUAGGAGCAACCUUUCUUUACUGGAACCAUACCAAAAAUGUGGAUUAAAAAGGAAAAGUGAAGAGGUUGACAGCAACGGUAGUGUGCAGAUAAUUGAGGAACAUCCACCUCUCAUGCUGCAAAACAGACCUGCGGUGGGUGCUGCGGCCACAACCACCACGGUAACCACUAAAAGCAGCAGUUCCAGUGGUGAAGGUGAUUAUCAGCUGGUCCAGCAUGAGAUCCUGUGCUCUAUGACAAACAGCUAUGAGGUCUUGGAAUUCCUGGGCCGGGGGACAUUCGGGCAGGUAGCAAAAUGCUGGAAGCGUAGCACAAAGGAGAUUGUAGCCAUCAAAAUCCUGAAAAACCAUCCUUCCUACGCUAGGCAGGGCCAGAUAGAGGUGAGCAUCCUCUCUCGCUUGAGCAGUGAGAAUGCUGAUGAAUAUAACUUCGUUCGCUCCUACGAGUGCUUUCAACACAAGAAUCAUACAUGCCUUGUAUUUGAGAUGCUGGAACAGAACUUAUAUGAUUUCUUAAAGCAAAAUAAAUUCAGUCCAUUGCCCUUGAAAUACAUCCGGCCAAUUCUGCAGCAAGUGGCUACUGCCUUGAUGAAGUUGAAGAGCUUGGGUCUGAUACAUGCUGACCUGAAACCAGAAAACAUCAUGUUGGUGGACCCUGCACGCCAGCCCUACAGAGUGAAGGUGAUUGACUUCGGUUCAGCCAGCCACGUGUCUAAAGCAGUGUGCUCCACUUACUUGCAGUCACGUUAUUACAGAGCUCCUGAGAUCAUACUGGGUUUACCAUUCUGUGAAGCUAUUGACAUGUGGUCGCUGGGCUGUGUGAUAGCUGAGCUGUUUCUAGGCUGGCCUCUGUAUCCAGGAGCAUCUGAAUAUGAUCAGAUCCGUUAUAUUUCACAAACUCAAGGCUUGCCAGCGGAGUAUCUUCUCAGUGCGGGAACGAAAACGAGCAGGUUUUUUAACAGAGAUCCAAAUUUGGGAUACCCACUGUGGAGGCUAAAGACCCCGGAAGAACACGAGUUGGAGACAGCAAUAAAAUCAAAAGAAGCUCGGAAAUAUAUAUUCAACUGUUUGGAUGAUAUGGCGCAGGUGAAUAUGUCUACAGACUUAGAAGGAACUGACAUGUUGGCAGAGAAGGCUGACCGAAGGGAAUAUAUUGAUUUGUUGAAGAAAAUGUUGACAAUUGAUGCAGAUAAGAGAAUUACUCCACUGAAGACUUUGAACCAUAAUUUUGUUACAAUGGCACAUCUACUGGAUUUCCCACACAGCAAUCAUGUAAAAUCGUGCUUUCAGAAUAUGGAGAUCUGCAAGAGAAGAGUUAAUAUGUAUGAUACAGUGAAUCAGAUUAAGAGCCCAUUCACAACUCAUGUUGCUCCUAAUACAAGCACAAAUCUCACAAUGAGCUUUAACAACCAGCUUAAUACAGUACACAACCAGGCCAGUGUAUUGGCUUCCAACUCNNUUCCGGCAGCUGCUCCCCUUUCCCUGGCAAACUCGGAUGUGUCACUGCUAAACUAUCAGUCUGCUCUGUAUCCAUCAUCUGCAGCACCAGUUGCAGGAGUAGCACAACAGAGUGUUUCCCUGCAACCUGGAACCACCCAGAUCUGCACACAGACUGACCCAUUCCAGCAAACGUUCAUUGUUUGUCCCCCUGCUUUUCAAACUGGACUUCAGGCAACUACAAAGCAUUCUGGGUUCCCAGUAAGGAUGGAGAAUGCUGUCCCAAUUGUACCACAAGCACCCACAGCACAGCCACUGCAGAUCCAGUCUGGUGUUCUCACACAGGGAAGCUGUACACCACUAAUGGUAGCAACUCUUCAUCCUCAAGUAGCCACCAUCACGCCGCAGUAUGCGGUCCCCUUUACUCUGAACUGCGCAGCCGGCCGGCCAGCGCUAGUAGAACAGACGGCUGCAGUACUGCAGGCCUGGCCGGGGGGAACCCAGCAGAUACUGCUUCCUUCCACCUGGCAGCAGCUCCCAGGGGUUGCUUUGCACAACUCCGUUCAGCCAGCGGCUGUGAUUCCGGAGACCAUCAGCGGCAGCCAGCAAUUAGCUGACUGGAGGAAUGCACAUUCCCAUGGAAAUCAGUACAGCACUCUCAUGCAGCAGCCAUCACUACUGACCAACCAUGUGACAUUAGCCACAGCACAGCCUCUGAGUGUUGGAGUUACUCAUGUUGUUAGGCAGCAGCAGAGCAGCAAUGUUCCAGCAAAGAAGAACAAGCAGCCAGCACCAAGCGUGGCCAACUCAACUGUAGAGACUGUGCCCUCCCAGGUUUACUCACUCAUUGGCAGCAGUCCUCUGCGCUCCACCUCGUCUUCUUCCAAUGUGCUCAUCCUAGUGCCAGAGCAGCACCAGCCCAUCGUGAUCCCAGACACUCCAAGCCCACCUGUCAGUGUCAUCACCAUUCGCAGUGACACUGAUGAGGAAGAGGACAGCAAAUACAAACCUGGCAGUCUGAACAUGAAGCAGAGAUCCAAUGUCAUCAGCUACGUUACUGUUAAUGACUCCCCUGAUUCCGACUCCUCCCUGAACAGUCCCUAUGCCAUAGACACACUUGCCUCUCUGGAGAGCACAGGCGGUGCCCUGGAGCUGCCAACUAGAGAGGCAGCUGACAGCUCCAGCUCUCGGAAUAUCAUUGUGCCACCACUGAAGACACAGCUCAGUGACUGUGUUGUAGCUACCCAAGUGUCAGGCAUCCUGAGCAGUACCAGUAAGACCAAGCCAGUGGCCUCCAUGAGCGGGCAGUCAUCAGGAUGCUGUAUAACACCUACUGGGUACCGCUCGCAUCGCGUGGUAACAAAUGGUGCGCAGCCUCUCAAUCUCAGCCAGAACCAGCAAACAACAGUGCUGGCCUCCCAGGAGAGAAGUGGAAAUGCUAUCCCACGUAGGCAGCAAGCUUAUGUGGCACCCCUUGCAUCAACUAUUUCUCAGGCUCCCUAUGCGUUCCAGCACAGCAGCCCAGUGCAUCCCCACCUGGCAGCAGCCACGGCAAGUGCACAUCUGUCCAGCCAGCCGCAUAUGUACACUUAUGCUCCAACCACUGCUGCAACCCUGGGCUCCACCACCUCCAUUGCCCACCUUUUCUCCCCUCAGGGCUCUUCACGGCACACCACGUACGCUGCCCAUCCCAGCACACUCGUCCACCAGGUCCCUGUGAGCGUUGGUCCAAGUCUGCUGACUUCUGCAAAUGUUCCACCUGCCCAAUACCAACACCAGUUUGCUCCACAGUCCUACAUUGGUGCUUCCAGAGGAUCUGCUAUUUACACUGGAUAUCCGCUGAGCCCUACAAAGAUCAACCAGUACUCAUACUUGUAGUUCCCAG